AUGGAAUCAUAUGGUAGUUGCAAUGGCGUUUUCUGUCUCCAAGGUUUGUGUUGGUUUCAUAAGAGUUGUCUUGAUGAGUUAAUUAUGUGGAACCCUACAACUAGAGAGGUCCACCGUGUUCCUCCGAGUCUCUGCCUUGAUAACGACUCAUGCAUGUAUGGUUUCGGUGCCGAUGAUCCCAACAACAUCAACUUCAAAGUUGUGAAACUCCAUACUAGUUAUGGUGGAACUAUGAGAUCAGCGGAAGUUUAUAAUUUAAGUACCAACUCUUGGACCCCAACUGAACAUCCUCUUCCUUUUACUAAGAUCACACGCCAAUGUCCGUCCAGAUAUAACACUCUUGUUAACACCGUUUAUCAUUGGAUUAUAAGCAGUUCAUACGGCAAUCGCCAUUUUGUUGCAAAUAUUCUAUGCUUUGACUUCCGCGACAACCAGUUUCACCAACUCAGAGGGCCAACCUUCUCAUGUGACUAUCGCAACUUUGCAUGGGAUGGUGUUGCCGAGAUCAAAGGUUCCCUUGCUUAUGUUGUGCAUUGUAACUUCAAUGCUCCCGUUGUCUUGAGCAUUUGGGUGAUGGAUCAAAGUGGAUGGCACAAAAAGUGCAACAUUGGCCCACUUGUGUCAAUGUUUCGUAUGUGUGGCCUUUGGAAGAAUGGCGAUCAAAUCCUUGGAGGAAAGGUUGGAGAACCACUCACAUCGUAUGACUAUCAAGGCAAAUCACUUUACCAAUUUCAAAUUGAUGUUGAUUAUACUAAAUUUCAUGAGUAUGUGCCAAGCAUAGCUCCCUUGUCAAUCUAG